AUGGCCGACAGUGGGGUGGCCGACAGUGGAGUGGCGUGUAUCCCAAACGACCAGCUCUGUGACGGCACCCAAGACUGCCUGGACAACUCUGACGAGGAAGUCUGCUGGGAAUGCUGGGAGGUUCUCACACUGGACGGUGCCUGCCUCCCCACUCGGUGGUUCCAUGACGUCAUCGACACGGCUAAUUUUUUUCACCUGAAAACUCACGAGGGCAAGUUUCGUGUGAGCUACACGUGCAACGACAGCGACUGUUUUUUUAAGAACGACACGAGUAAACCAGUCACACUAUGUAACAGUACAAGUCUUUCACCUGGAUAUUUGGGAGGGAAAUGGAUAGCGCCUAGAUAUUUUAUCAUGAGCAUCUAUCUUACACUGAUCGCAGGAACUGACGUGUUUUAUCGUGAGAAAUACGUUCUGUAUGAUUCUAUGUGGAGGGGUAGUUCGCUUUGUAAAGCUGCAGGUUUUCUUGCUACUCUCUCCUGCGAGGCUUCGACAGCCUUUGUGUUUCUCAUCACGUUAGAUCGGGUUUUCGUGUUCAAAGAUCCGCUCCACCAACCGAACGUCCGAGAGAGCACCCGAGUGACCGUCGUUAGCCUAGUCUGGGCGUUGGCUGUCUUCAUCGCUCUAGUCCCUGUUCUGUUCCCAGACUGGCAGGUCUACUCGUCCAACGCCUUGUGCCUGGGUCUUCACGUCAACCCGACUCACAAUUCCGGAUGGAUCUUUUCCCUAACCAUCUACAUCGUCGUCAACUUCAUCAUCAUGCUGCUGGUGAUUGUGGGGCAAGUUCUGAUCUUUAAAUUUAUUUCCGUGUCCUCGAGUUCUCAAAUCAUCUCGUGUGUCCAGAAAAAACGCGAGAUCACGGUGGCCAAAAACCUGUCUCUGGUUGUCGUGUCCAAUGUCCUGUGCUGGGUUCCCAUCUGCACGGUGGGGCUACUGUCGGCAGUGGGGUACAGCUUCAGCCCCGACACCUACGGCUGGCUGGCUGUGGUUGUCUUGCCGCUUAACUCAGCCGUCAACCCGAUACUCUAUACUCUACCCCCAGCGUAUCAAAAACUUUUAGAAAUAAAAAAUCGUCGGAAUUUUUUUACUGUCGGCAGUGGGGUACAGCUUCAGCCCCGACACCUACGGCUGGCUGGCUGUGGUUGUCUUGCCGCUUAA